UAUUUAUAGUUUGCAUGUUUUAUAUUGGAAUUGCACUUUUGCAUGAAGCAUGGGAGUCACGGGCUUGUGGAAGCUAAUCGAGCCAUGCGGCAAGCCUGUGCCGGUCGAUACUUUGGAGGGCAAAAUACUGGCCGUGGACAUAUCCAUUUGGCUGCAUCAGGUUGUGAAGGGUUUCCAGGACAACAAGGGCUCCGCUCUGAACAAUGCCCACCUCUUGGGCUUGUUUCAUCGCCUGUGCAAGCUGCUCUACUACCGGGUGCGUCCCGUCUUCAUAUUCGAUGGAUGCACGCCUCAGCUGAAAAGGGAUACGAUUGCACGGCGCCAGCAGCAGCGCAAUAAACUUAGCAACGAAGCAGAUCGCAUACAGGCUCUGCUGCUGCAGUCCCUGGCCAGGGAGAAGGUUGUGCAGCAGGCGCUGGGCAAGAAUGCGGAGCUUUUGCUUAAAUCACCAGUGAAACGCGCGCCGCCCAGCAGAUCCAAAAACGAUGAGGACGAUCUAUUUAAGCUGCCAGAAUUGCCGGCCUCGGCCGCGGGGCAGGAUAACCCAGAGGAAAGCGAUCAGGAUUUGGACUACACCAGUGCCAGUGCCACAUCGGAUAGCUCGUUUGAUGAGUCAACCGCUCGGCAUGCGUACAAUUCCAGUCUGCAGGCCAUCGAUGUCAAGAGUCAGAAUUUCAAGAACCUGCCCGCCGACGUUCGUCACGAGAUACUCACCGACAUCAAGGAGACGCGCAAGCAGUCGUCCUGGGGACGCCUGCAUGAGUUGCCCGCCCGCAGCGAUGACUUCUGCUCCUUCCAGAUGAAGCGGCUGCUGAAGCGACGCGCCGUCCAGGAGAGCCUGGAGCAGGCGGUACAGGAAAUGGGCGGACACACGCUUACCUAUUCCGAGCUGUGUGACUUUUUCAGCGAGGAGGGCAUUGUAACGCCCACGGCCAUUGAGCAGAGCACGCGACAAAUCAGCUCGGAUGAGCAUACGCGAUUCCUGCUGGUCAGGGAUCUCAAGAAGAAGGCGCUGGAGAGCACCAAAAUCGAGGCGAAGAUGGAGACAAUUGAGGAGCUGCCAGAGACAAAGCCGCCGGUGGAUGAAGAGAAGCCCACGACAUCCAGCAAGGCGGAGUCCAUUGAUAUGGGCACCGAAUACGACGCGGACUUGGCACAGGCCUUGGCCCUCUCACUGGAGGAGACCCAGAAGGUGUAUGACGAGAAGGACUACGACUAUGACUCGGAUCAGGAGUUGCGCCUGAAUCGCGCUCAAAGCAAACAACUGCGACACGCUGCCAAGGGUCCGGCCCGAGCAUACAUGAUUGAAUAUGGCGGCAUGAACGAUGAGGAGGUGGGCAACAUAAUGGAGUCCACUCAGCUGAACGAUACGCAAAGCCUGGAGCACUUACUGGCCACAACUGCAGUCCAGUCUGCUGAUAUGCCAAACGAUUCCCGGCAGGAGGACGAGCAACUCUCAAGGGCCAUUGAGGAGAGCAAAAAGAGUCUCAUAGAGGAGAGCAAAAGGAGUCUCAUGGAGGAGAGCAAAAAGACGCCCACAGAGGAUAAAGUGCAGAUUAUAGACACGGAUACGGACUCUGACUUGGAGGAAGUGGUAGACCCCAAGCCAGCGGCUGGUCUAGAAAUAUGUGUGGACAUCACGGAGCAGCUAAUGCCCAGCAACGAUCUGUUUGCGGAUAUAUUCCAAGUGGAAUCGGGCAAGGAAAAAGCGCCCGAGGAAAGCGAAGAUGAUGAAGAUUUCAUAGAAGUGCCAGAGCGUGAGGAAUUGAAGAUCACUGAAGAUGAACCAAUCGAGGUAAAAGAAAGCCAGGAAGAAAUUCUAACCGAACUGCAGGAAGACAAGGAGACAGCACAGCCCAAGACCAAACCAGAUUUGGACUCCAUAUUGAACGAUUUAAAAAAGGAAACCGAGUCAAUCAAGGAUAUCAAACUAGCAGUGGACGAGCCCAAAGCCAAGCCAGUUCCAAGCUCCAGUCUCGAGCCCAAACCAACGCCAGUUCCAAGCUCCAAUCUCGAGCCAAAAGCCAAGCCAGUUCUAAGCUCCAUUCUGGAUGAGCUGCAGAAAGAAAUCGCCGCCGUGAAGAAUAUAAAAUUGGAGCAGAUCAAGCUGAACAAUAGCACAAUCAUUGAGCUGUCCUCCGACGAUGAGGCAGUCUCCAAGGUCAACGCCAAGACCGAAGAAGCAGUCCCCACAGUCAACGCUAACGAAGAAGUGAUUGAGCUGUGCGACAGCGAUGACAAUCACAAGCAGCGCAUCUCACCCAAUAAAACACCCAGCAAGAACAAAUCCAUAAGGGAUUUCUUCGAGACCAGUUAUGUGGUGAAACGGACACCGGACAAGUCGCCAGUGGCUGAUAAUGGCACGCCGCCGGGCACACCAAAGGUGCCGCAACCAUUCUACAGAAAGCGAACACCCAAAUCGGAUCGCAAACGGGCUGCUGAUGGGGCAGAGGACAGUGAUGAGGGCGUUUCGCCCACCAAAAGGUCCAGCAAGGCUUCCAAGUCGCUUUUUGAGGCAAACGAGCCUGAGCCAGAGCCAGAGCCGGCCAAGACUGUGGAUGCCGAGGAGCUCAUCAGAGAUGCAGCAGAGACGUUAAAGGCGCAAAAGACCUCCGAGGAGCUGCAGCAGAUGGCCGAUAAUUUGUCACAGGAACGCAGGGAGCUGGAAAUGGAACGCAAUCGGCAGGACCGCAUGGGCAUGUCCAUCAGCCAACGCAUGAGCACAGAUUGCCAGGAGCUGCUGCGUCUCUUCGGCAUCCCAUACAUUGUGGCGCCCAUGGAGGCGGAGGCGCAAUGUGCCUUCCUGAAUGCCACCGAACUGACGCACGGCACCAUCACGGAUGACAGCGACAUCUGGCUCUUUGGCGGCCGCACUGUCUACAAGAAUUUCUUUGCCCAGAACAAGAAUGUGCUGGAGUUCCGGGCCGAGCAGAUCGAACAGACAUUCAACUGCAAUCGGGGCAAGCUGAUACAGUUGGCCUGCCUGGUGGGCAGCGACUAUACCACGGGCAUUCAUGGCAUUGGCGCUGUGACGGCGCUGGAAAUUCUCGCCUCCUUCUCGAGUGCCAGUAACUCGACACUGGAUGCGGCCAGCACCGUCGCCAGCGGCAACCAAUCGGUUUUAGCCACUUUGGUUAGGUUUCGGGACUGGUGGCAGGCGCACAAGAGCAGCAACCUACCGCCAGGCAGCUCCGCACGCCUGGCGCUGCGAAAAAAGCUGAAGAAUAUUGAACUGCACGAGGGUUUCCCCAACAUGGCCGUGGUGGAGGCGUAUCUGGAUCCCAAGGUGGACGACAAUCGCGAUGCCUUCAGCUGGGGCGCACCGGAUGUGGAGUCGAUACGAGAAUUUGCACGCAAGUCGUUUGGCUGGACCACGUCCAAGACCGACGACAUCCUCCAGCCGGUGAUUAAGAAAAUCAACGAGAAAAAGAUUCAAGGCUCCAUUCUCAACUAUUUCACGGCCAAGAGUGCCCUGAGAGUGCAGCAGCCGCAGGUCAGCAAGCGCGUUCAGUUGGCCAUUGACAAGAUGUCGGGCAAGAUCGAUGCAGAGACGCCGGAGAAACCAAAAAAGGUCGUUCGCACCAGGCGGGCCAAGAAAGCUGCAGCGACGGAUGAGCCAGCGGAUGUGGUCGAAGCCGAAGCCGAAGCCAAGCCCGCACGUCCCAAGCGUGGCAAACGAAAGGCUUCGACAGCUGAAACACCCGAAGAGCAGCCAUCCACAUCGCAGGCGGUGCCAAAGCCGGGCAAAUGUCCGAGGAUACCAGACACGACAGAGAUCAUACCACAAAGGGAAAGAGACCUCGAGCAGAUGCGUCUGAACAAGGCCAGGGCAGCGGAAGUGCUGAAAAAGGCAGCAGCCAAAGACAACAAAAACUAAACUCCAGAUUGGGUUCAUCUUUCAUUGAAAUAAACAUCACCCACAAGGUUAGUUUCUAUCAUAUAUAUAGAGCAUAAAAUUUCACGUUUAAAAUAAGGACAUAAUACGGACAUAAGUUAUAAUCAUGUAUGGACACUCGAAGGAGCUGAACACCAACAAGGAUCGCUUAAGAAAGCUUCUAAAGAGCCACAGUAAAGUCAAUAUACCAGAGCGCAAAGAGAAGUGCAUGCCAGAAGCUAAAGUUAUAUUUAAACGCCACCAAGAGGAAGCUACCACAGAGAAACACGAACUCGAGAUACUGCCAGAAACUCAUUUGGAAGCGAAGCAGAGAGAUCUCCAAUAUGUAAGCGAGAUCAAGUGCAAAUUAGAUGGAGACAACGAGACUAACAAUAUGUCAUUUACGGAAUUCAUAAAGGAGCAAGGAUGGGGAUCGAUUUCAAAGGAUUUCUUGAAUGGUUUGGAAAAGCACAAAAGACCUGCCGUUCAUGAUUCGUCCAGGAUGAAUAAAGACAAACUGCAAAUUACAAAAAUGGACUUUAAGCCCAUCGAUUGGUACGAAUCGGCUG